AUGCAAUUCAAAUUAACUAGUCUUUCUGUCCUCGCCCUUGCGGCAGGCGUCCUAGCUCAGGAUUCUUCAACCACAACUACUACUGUCUCUGAUACUAGCAGCACCACGGCUACGGAGACAACUGACACCGCCACUUCGACUGCUACUGAUACAGUCACUGAUACUACGACUGCAGCAACUAUGACGGAUUCCACCACGGCAUCCACUACCUGGGCUAGUUCCUCAUUUACUACCACUUGGACCGGUACUACUACCGAGACAUGUGCAUGCACUACGGAUACUACGGUUACCGAUACCGCUAUCCCCGCCCCAACCUACACCGGUGAUGGUGUGGCCAAUAAUAUCAACUGGCACAGCAUUAUGGCCGCAUUUGGUGGUGUUGGGGUACUCAUGGCGGCUCUUUAA